UUUGGUUCAGUAUCAGUGCAGCCGCGGAAGACGCCGCGCCGUCCCUCCCGCUACGCACGGUCUAUGUGAUCUCAUUUCCUAUCUCAUAUCCAGACAUAUUUAUUCAGCAUGUCCGAAGCGAAGGCCCAGGACUCCGUGGAGCAGGUGACGCAGGAGGUGAAGGCCGUCAAGCUCGAGAACGGCGCCGCGCCGGGCGCGACCAACGGAACCAAGCCUGAAGACAAUGCCGUCUCUUUUAAGGACGCUUUCAAAGCCUUCUCAAAAUUCGGCGACCCGAAGUCAGACGGCAAGCACAUCACGCUGUCCCAGAGCGACAAAUGGAUGAAACAGGCCAAGGUGAUAGACGGCAAGAAGAUAACCACCACAGACACGGCCAUUCACUUCAAGAAGCUCAAGAGUAUGAAGUUGGCUGAGGCGGAUUACCUGAAGUUCCUGGAUGACUUGGCGAAGAGCAAGAAGAUCGAGUUGGACGAGAUUAAGAAGAAGUUGACGACGUGUGGACAGCCAGGGUUGACUUCUCAUGUCGCAAAAUCCCCCUCAGCCGCGGCAACAGUGGAUCGCCUGACAGACACCAGCAAAUACACGGGCUCGCACAAGAACCGGUUCGACGAGACCGGCAAGGGCAAGGGCAUCGCCGGCCGCAAGGACAUGGUGGACGGUUCCGGAUACGUCAGUGGUUACCAGCACAAGGACUCGUAUGACAAGUCGCAUUAGCUUUAAACACUAGCUGCAGGGUCGUAAGUCAGAUUCCACCAGAGCAGCAGCGCCACUGUCAUAAAAAAACUGAAAUGUUUAAUUGUUCUAUUCUAAUUCUGCUUGGUCCUGUAAGCAAAAAUGAACAUUUAACUAUUACGAACACCUAGAGUAGAAAAUACUUUGCUCACCGCAGGGUAAUAAUAAUUCGCAUUCGUCUUUUUUUGAGAGUAGCGCGAACUUUUGGAAGCAGAAGAACACAUACUGUAAGGUGCCGUAUCGGUUUCCUUCUACGGUUGUGAUCGUACCUACUACGAGAAAAAAAUAAAUGUGGUGGGGUGGAGAGGCCAGAUCUUACACUUGGGAUGAAUGUCAAACCGCCCUGAUGCAUUCUGGGGCUCGAAAUCUCCCUGCGACUUAAAUCAGGCCCUGCAACUAAAAUAUUAUUAUUUAAAUUUUAAUCCCCACAUAACACGUUGUACAUUUCCGCUGUAAGUUUUACUAUUAACGCAUUCAUCGAUGGCGCUUUCUGUGUAGUAGACGUGUAGCGACGACAUUCCUUUCCAAUCUGUCUAGAUUUAUAAAUAUUUAAAAAGAAUACAAUUCUUAAGACAC